UGGAUAUAAAAUCCUCCCUCCCUCCCACAUUCCCUCAAGCUUCCACAGCAGUUGUGAAAGUUGUUCUAUGCAAAACAUAUAUAUACACACACACAGUGAACGUAUGCAUGCAUCGAAACAGCUUGAAUCCACAAAGACGACGACCUACACAGCUACGGAAGCACCAUGAAGGCUCCUAUGGGUGAUGGAGGAUGGGCCAUAGGACACACAGGAGUAGCAAUGGAGGGAAGGAGGAAGAAAGGUGGUGUAUCCCUCCUCCCGAUGAAGGUGUUGUCAAUGGGGUGGAAGCUCAUUCUUGUAUCGUUUCUCUCGGAGUAACUGGCAGUUGUUCUCGCACUUGCACCGCGGCGAUGCAAACUGCGGAUUGUGUUUUUGUUGUUGCGCUCGACUUCUCCAUAUGCUUUCACUUGUGUUUCAAGGUUUGUUCCAGUUGCUGCCCAAUUGGGUGUGAACUUGGAUCUGGCGAGAACGACAUUUUUGUUUUUGUUGGAGGAGGAUUCUCUGGCCCUUACCUAUUCACCCCAAGGGAAGUACAUGGCAGGGAGAGACAGCUAGGCGAUGUAAGAGGCUUGUCGUUAGACGCGACUUGGGGGGUCCUUGUCAAAUGAUGCCCAGUCUGUAACUCCAAGCACUGCAAUCAAUAUCAGCCUUGCAGUUCGACCCUUCAGUUUUGCAUUCCACCGUCGUUUAGAUUCGCUUCAAUACAGAUGAUGUCACUAUGUACCAGUU